GGCCAACAACCUGCAGCCUGCAGCCGCCCGGCAGGCCUCAUCAUGCUCCCUAUAAGCGCUCAAGUCGACAUUCCCUGCUUUUUACCUCAUCUCAUCUCGACUUGAACUGAAAUAACAGCUCCUCAUAUUUGUCACUGAUUUGUACACUGCGCCAUGUCCUCGAACUUUUGCAAAGCAUGUUCUGGUAUCUUUCAGGGGCAUUAUGCCCCAACAAAUGUGCUGGCCGAGAAAGACUUGGUUGAUGUUAAGGACACUGAUUUUGGAAUUCCUGGCUUCACAAAAGACGUGACUGAAUGGAGAGUCAGACUGGAAUACGCAACAGGACAAGAUAAACCAACACCAUAUUUCCAUCACAGCCUCCAUGACCUGGCCAAAAAUGCGGCCAAGUGUAGUCUAUGUGCUAUUAUGUCGGAGAGGAUACAGUCGGAUAAACAACCAGCGGCCAUGCCUCAGAGACUGAAAGAGAUGAAGGAAAUGGGGAAGAAUAUAAUUGGAAUCCCCAUCAUCAAGCCAAAGCCGGGAACAUUUUCUGGCAUGUUCACUCUUGGCUUUCUGUAUGUCACUUGGAGUGGACAGAAGUGGCAGGGCCAUACUUUUCAAAUAUACCAGGCCUUUUUAACUGUCGACACUUCAAAAGGAGAUAACCGAUUCAUAUGGAAACCCAAGUACGAUCGCCAAGAAUCGUUGCUACGAAUAAAAAAUUGGCUUAGUUCGUCACCAACGAUAUCAAGAUUGACUCCUCGGCUGCCAACAAGGCUGCUUCACUGCCAACCAUCAGCUAAGCCAGGAGGGGAUCCUACAGUUAAACUAGUCAAUACGAUCGGUUUUGACGUAUCUAUUCGUUACAUCGCCCUCAGCCAUCGCUGGGGCGCAGUACAACCACUCAUGUUGUUGGAGUCUUUGAGAGAUACAUUCUUUAAGAACAUCCCUUUCGAUACGAUCCCACCGACAUUUCAAGACGCCAUCAGAUUGGCCAAUGCGCUGGAAGUUGAGUACAUUUGGAUUGACUCGCUCUGUAUCAUUCAAGAUUCCAAGGAUGAUUGGCAGACCGAAGCUACACACAUGGCUUCUGUUUACUCCCUGGCCUAUGUCACAAUCUCCGCUACUGCUGCCCAAGAUUCUGCAGCCGGCCUCAGAGAACAACAUUCAAUGCUGAAGCAUCCUUGUGAGAUCAUUCCGUCUUGGACAGGGUUUGAGAAUCAGAUUCCACCUGUGCCUGUGAGGAUCGUGAACAGAUCUGCUUUCUGCGACGCAGUUCUUGCCCAGCCCCUGUUUCGUAGGGGAUGGGUCUUCCAAGAAUGGAUCCUAUCGCCAAGGACCAUCCACGUCGCUCGAGACCAGCUCUGGUGGACCUCAGCCUCAGAUAUGACCUCUGGAGGUUUUGCCGCAAACGAGACAUGCGAAGGCUUUGACUUUGACGUUCAUCGGGAAUACAUCCAUACAAUGGCUCCGGGGACCAUAUAUUCGAUGGAAAGCCAAAGUGAGGAGAGUCUUCAGCUCGUGUGGCAUACUUUACUGCAAGAAUACAUGUCACGCUCGCUGACAUUUGAGUCCGAUCGCUUGGUAGCAUUUGUCGGUAUUGCUAGCUUUUAUCAGAGUCAAGCGAAGAUUAAAGCAAACUCGUAUUUGGCAGGAAUAUGGCGCCAUAUUCUCCUUCAAGAUCUAUUAUGGACUAACGUCGGAUACGGGGAAACCGGCCACCCCCAGAAACCGGCCACCCUCAGCAAAACACCAAAAAUGAGAUCGCAAUUGUAA